UGCAAGUGCGCCCAGCAACAUAGAGUUUAUUUUUGAAAUCUUUGUCAAAACAAAACAAGCUUAGGUUGCAUUUCUUGCAGUAAACACAACAACCAUUUAAAUAUUUCGUUCUUCUAUUUUUGUAAUUCUAAAUCAGUAAUAUUGGAGCUGUUUGUGAGAAAAGAUUGGUUGUAAUCGAAUCAACGAAAGCCAAAGGCAUUUCCCGCCAAAUAAGCGGCGUUCAUUGAUAAAAUUGCGAAAUGCCAAUUGCGGUUUUUAAAUCCGUACGCGAAGUGAGCAGUGAAGAUGCGGUGCAUGUGGCGGAGAAUCUGCUGAAGGAGAAUGCGGGCAAGAAGUGGCGAACCAAAGCGCCGGGUGAAAAGUCGGCCUACGUAAUUCUGGAAUUCGAGGAUCCCCAGCAGAUUACCGGCAUUGACAUUGGCAACGAACAUGCCGCCUUUAUAGAGGUUCUGGUCAGUAGGACUGGAUGUCAGGCGGACGACUUCAAGGAGCUUCUGCUAUCUAGUUCGUUUAUGACUCCCAUCGAGAGCAAAAAUUCGAGCAAUCAAAAUCGGGUUCGCUGUUUUAGUGGUCCUGCUUUGGUGGAAAGUGUACUGCCGGAGAAAUGGAAGCUGCUUAAGAUUGUCUGCACGCAGCCUUUCAAUAGACAUGUCCAAUUUGGCCUUUCCUUUGUCAAAGUUCACGUGGUGGGUGCUCCGCCAGCUCCUGCGAAAGUCAAAUCCCUGCUGCCCCAGGGAAUGAUGCAAUUCGGGGCCUUUAAGCUACGCGAGGAAUCCCCGGACUCGGAAACGGACAACCAGGUUAACAGGUUUCAGCGCUGGAAGAAGGAGACACAUCAGCAAACGCCAGCCGUUUCCACAGCGGCUGCCAUUCGGGAUGCGGGCUCCUCAGCCUCAGCCUUGAGAAGAUUAAGUGUUGGCAAGGUUUCAGGGCUGGCUGCAUCGCCAUUGCAGUCUCCAAAACCCUCACCUUCACCAUCGCCAAUUCCCAAUUCUCUGCGUUCGGAAUCUCCGCCUCCUUCAGAUGCAAAACCUCUCGAUCGCAAUCGAUCUUCCCUUCUAUUUGGCGAGGACGAUGACGACGAGGCUGCCGACGAGGGAAAUGCCAAGAAGCAGCGUCUGAGUAAACAUCUAGAGGCCGACAAGGAUCGACGGCGAUUAGAGCAGGAAAAGGAGAAGGCGCAAAAGAACAAGUCUAGCAGGCAUUCCUUGGAUAAAUCUACCAGCAAAGAGGAUACAUCCUUCUCGAAAGAAGAGAAGUCAUCCAAGGAGCACAGAUCCUCCUCCAAAGAAGACAAAUCAAAGAUAAAAGAGGAAAAAUCCUCACCAAGGGAGAGCAAAUCAGCAAAAAAAGAGGAAAGGUCCCAUUCAAAAGAGAAUAAAUCUGGCAGGAAGGAGGCAGAACGCCGUGAAUCAAAACACAAAAAUGUUUCGGGGGCCAAGGAGAGUCCACGUCAAUCAACCCAAAAGCGACAUUCAUCGCCUACCGCAGGAGAUUCUACGCGCGCCAAAAAGCAGAAGGUUGCGGAUAAACCAAUCCAAUAUCGUCCCUUUAAUCAGCUGCUGAAAGGAGUGGUGCUGGUCAUUAGUGGCAUACAGAAUCCCGAUCGUGCAGAUUUACGCUCGAAAGCAACCGCACUGGGUGCCAAGUAUAAAGCUGAUUGGGAGACGGGAUGUACUCACCUCAUAUGCGCCUUCAAGAAUACUCCCAAAUACAAUCAAGUAAAAGGCAAGGGCAAGAUUGUGACUCGCAGUUGGAUUGAAAAAUGUUAUGAUUUGAAGAGGUAUCUUCCCUGGAGACGAUAUGCUAUAGAUACAAAGGAUCUUGGGGAGCCAGAAAGCGAUGAGGAGGUGUGCGAUGAGGCCAAUAAGCCAAGUUCCCGUCGUGAGUCCAGCGAGACGGAUGUGGAAAUGCUUCAGGACAUCCAGGUGAAGAGCACCAAUAAUGCAGAUAUUAAAGUUGAAAAGAAUGUGGAUAUAAACCAAAAUGCUUCCUCGGGCAUUGACACAGAGGAUGAACUGGAGCGGGUCACUCAAGAAACCAAAAAGAAGACCAAACUUAAGACUCCGGUCAAGUCUGAAUCUCGUGACGAGUUCGACGCUAGCACAGAUGAAGAGGAUUAUCUGGUGCUAAAAAAAAAGCAGUAGGCUUCUACUGUUAUUCAUACCUUUUGUAUACCUAUCUAUGUUUAAAAUUAAUUUUGGUUAGUCUUGGACUCUUGUAAGCCCUCUUUUGGGUUUUGUACUAAAAUGUUUGGUAAUAUUUCAUAUUCAGUAGAACAACUCAUAUAAUUUUUGUUAAUUAAUAAUCAACAAUCAAGAAAAA